AUGCUCAACUUAACUCCGCCAGCAACAGCCGCCCGCAGCAUGCUGCAGGAGAGCAGAAGGCGUGGGGUUGAUGGCUCUCUGCUUGUCUUGUCCACACUGUCCUCUCCCACCUCCAUGCGGAACCCAAAGGAAAAGCAGUUCUACAUGCUGAUGCUGGUUUUCUGCCUGGAGCCAGACGACGUGUCAAUCAUCGAGACGCCCUACGGAGGCAGGCUGAUGGUUGUGAUGCCUGAAGGCAACAUGUUGGGCAUUCACCUCAAAGACAAGAGUCUGAUCAGAAACAAGAAAAGAUGGUCACAGAUCAUGUAUCUGUAUUAUCUUCUUGGAUGGAAAGGCUACAUGGCCAAGAACCCUUCUGCGAUGCCUCGUGAGAUGAACCCGAGUACAACCAGUUUGUUUUCCAUGAAUGGUGAAAGUUUUGUGUUGCCUCACCAUGACAAUGACCACAAGAGGAAAUUCAUCUCCGAUGAAAACACAUACCUCCUGGCCCUAGAUGGAGACACUGACUUCCACCCCAAAGCUGUGAUCCUGCUGGUUGACAGAGGAUACAAGUGUGUUUGCUGCUACAGGGAGAGGAUCUCCUCAGAGAAUGUGUUGAUUAAUGUGUGUCCAUUUGUCCAUUUGUGUUGGACUGUCACGUCUCUUCAUGUCAUGUGUUCCUCACCAGGUGAGGAUCGAUGGCUGUGCACACUGUUACUGCAGCAAGGAUGGCGUGUGGAAUACAACGCCGCCUCCGACGUAUACACUAACUCACCACAGGAGUUUAAAGAGUUUUACAACCAGCGAAGACGCUGGGGACCCUCGACGCUGGCUCACACUCUGGACCUCUUACACAGCGGUAAAGAGACGGUGAAGAAGAACACAUCCAUCUCUACGUUCUACAUUUUCUACCAGAUGUUUGCAGUUUGUUCUUCAAUUCUUGGACCAGCAUCUGUGACUCUCAUGAUUGCUGGUAAGUUUAAUUGUUCUUACCUCUCUUUUUUUUUGGUUGUCCGUUUUCUCCUUAGAUUCAAACUUCGCAACAAAAAAUAUAGUGACGUGUGCGACGAUUUGGUGGCAAUGCUGACGGACACUCUGAACACACACCUCAAUGGAGAAAGACCAGAGGAUGUCCUGACCAGCGGUCAGCUGGAGGAGUUAGAAUACUCACUAACGGAGCAGGCUCGCCGCAUCCUGAAGACCAGCAAAAUGAAUAAACUGGAGAAGAGGGUCAUAACAGCCAUUGAGAAAACACUCACUGCCCCCCUGGUGCCGAGGCUUGAGGAGGGUGAGCAAGAUUUCUGGGACAAAUUGAUCAAGCGCUACCUCAAGCCCAUUGUUAACACUGAAGCCCACGAAGAGGAGGUGACCAGAGAACUGAAGUCACUGCGCAACAAGGUCGUCUUCCUAUAUUUCAUCAUCAACGUCCUGUGGGUGGUCGCGACCUUCUUCCUGCAGGCCAUUGGGAACGAUGUCAUAAGCAUCAAGAUCCCAAAAUUCUUCCCCAACGGAACUCAGUCUGGAGAGUACCUGAAGGUGGAGCCUCUCAGUCUGAUGUUCCUCUUGUCUUUUGCCGUCCUUCUCCUCAUCCAGUUCCUGGCGAUGCUCUAUCACAGGAUCUACACUCUGAUCCAUGUGGUGUCCUAUCGCAGCGCAGAGAAAAACUACAGAGCGAGAGAAGAUGACAAAGAGGAGGAGGAGGAGGGCAUGGUUAUGGAGAACAUCAUCACUUUAACCUCUGAUGACCUGUGACAACCAGUUCUAACCAGAGCCGAAACAAGAAAAAAGGCAACAUACAUCUGGGUGUAUAAAUACAAAUGUGCUUUUCAAUGAAAAGAAAAUUAAAAAAAUAAUAAUAAUAAUUAAUAAAAGCUAAAAAAAGUUUAGUGUGAUAUUAAAAUUAACUUAACCAGGCAAGAGAUGUUUUUGUUGUUUACAUCUACACCAUGUAACUGCUAGAACAAUACUGUAUAUAAUAAAUCUUUGUAGUUACUGUAUAACUCAAGGCCAACAAACCAUUUAUUUAUACAUUUUAUUUGAAACUAAAUGCUUGUCUUCAUAUAAAGGUUUUAUGAUUCAACUUAUGUUUAGCCAUGUUAGCAGCAGCAGCUAACCAUGCUAAAGCUAACGUGAAGAUUGAAGAGACAUUUCUAACUGUAAUUUAGUUUAUUUAAAUCACUAGUUAUAGUUUAUUGAAGUUGAAAACAUAAGUAAAAAUUAACUUCCCACUUAGGAACUUUUAUUUCUGUAUUUGUCGGAAUCAAGACAGAAAACCCUGGUUUGUUUAGGAGACUUUCUACCUGCACUUAAUGUAAUAGCGACAGAGUAAUAAAUAUGUAAAAAUGCACUUAUAUUUGUAUUACACCACAUAAUGUUCCAAGUAUACCACUGGACCAAACCACAGGUGAUUUACUCUAAACUUAGAGACCCAUCUGUGUAAAAGGAGUUGCAGCUGAAAUGUUGGCCAUAAAACCCACAGAAAUGUGUAAAUGUGUGUCACAUCAUUUCACACAACACAAACGACCUGAGUUGACCUUUCUUUAAUGAACAAGUCGUUUCAUUCAAACGAAUGGAAGCAGAAGACACAGAUAUUUAACAGAGGCAAUUGCAAAGCAAUCAUCCAAAAUAUUUUUCAGGAGGGGGGUGUUGUUGGGGGUGGGGGGUGCGAGAGGUUUCUGUCGAGGGCGAACUGCACAACUGUAAAGGUGAACAUCCAUUAAAA